AUGUCUACAUCUGAAACGAUACACAAGUAUUUCGAACGAAAGGUGUCAGAUUGGGAUAUUGUUAGAUUCCUCAAGGAAUGUACAAGUAUAGGGUCUUAUAGACAGAAAAUAGAAUGCUACUUAUCAUCUCUCGUGUUGAUAGCCAAUACUGAGAAUGGUCAAAGGUGUGAAAAAGCGCAGGUGCUCCUCGACAGGCAAGUAUUAGAAUUUUAUAUCAAAGGUUUUUUAAGAUCAGACACAGAUGACCUUCGAGCUUGUCUGAUGUCAAGAUAUGAAAGUAUUAAACGGAAUGAAAACACGAUAAUUAAUAUCCAUCGUUCAACUAUAAACGGGACAGUGAGAGGAAUAACAAAUGGUGUAUAUGGGCCUAUGAGUGGAGGAGUGUUCGAUGUACAGCUUGCACCAAAGAGGAGUAAUCAGAAAGAGAACAAUGAUAAAGUCCCAAAAAGGGUAAAAAUUAACGAUGCCACUCCUCAACGUGAACAGGAUGAACAAGAAAAUCAGCAAAGUUCUGAUAAUAAUAUCUCGAAAGAACCCCGUCUCAUGGAGUCAAAUGAAAGUUCGAUAUUAAAGUCUGGAAAUUCGAAAAUAAAUCAAGGUGAUCCGUCUUCUAAAUUUAAUCGUGAAGAACGUCUUAAAUGUUACGAUGCUAGGAAACGAACAAAAAUUAUUUAUUCGUGGGGAGAUGUCAUCGACAAGAUUGAUUUUAGAAAUAUUUCAAAGAAGGAUUGGAUUUUUGAAAAUUACAAUCUUUCCAAUGAGUUCCGUGAUUUUCAAAAGAUGACGAUUCAACAGGUCAAGGAAAACCCGUAUUUGUGCUACAAAGAUAUUCAAAAAAUUCUAUGUUUAUCUAAUAUAAUGUUGAUUGAGCGGAUAAAACCGACAUACUUAUCUUGCGAUCUUUCGAGUUGGAAUACUAUUUGUCGAAGGAAAACGUCUUCUUAUUUGUCAUCGACAGUUAACAAUGUAGUUCUGGAAUAUUCAUUGUUGUUAAAUUCUUUUACGCCAUUGGAAGAAAUGGAAGACAAAUGUGUUACAUCUGUCGUUCAUAACCAAUUCGAUGCUAAUAUCUUUUACAGCUUUUUAUUAGGCUCUAUUAAUAAAGAUAACGAAGAUACCUUCGUUCACAACACUUUACAUAACUUGAUCAGUGAGAUUUUUCGUGACCCGAUGUUAGAAUUAGUAUGGGCAAAUAGCGAGAGCUCCGCUUCAAAAAGUCGACGUCUUAACAAUAAGGAAAAUGUUACUGUUAAAGGUAAUAAACCCGAUUUCAAAAUUUCGACCAAUACUAAAGAUGAAAUUCUCUUCGGGGAAGUUAAACCAAGGGACUCUUCUUCUGUAUUGGUCAAAAAAUAUCUAGUCAAACUUGCUGAGUAUCAGGCGGGUACCUUGGAUGAGCUAAUAAAAAAAUACGGAAAUAGAAUCGGGAUGAUUCUUUCGGUAUAUGGGUAUGUGAUGGACCUUAAUAAUGACGGAAUAUACAGGAUGAUCUUAGUUGCAGAUGUAUGUGUCCCAAUCGAACGGGAAAAAAUUGUAGGCUUGUUGCCAGUUUUGGAAGCAUUUUAUAAUGUUAAACAUCGCAUUUCUGAACUUUUAACGGUAAUUGCUUCUAACAGCCCGCCUAGUUCACCAUCACGUUCUUCCUAUGUUAGAAUGCCUACCCCUUCGCCAAAACCCGUCAGGGUCGCAAUUGCUGGUCUGCAACCAUAA